UGAUCCAUUGUGAAGACUUGUCCUCUGUCCUACAUAACCCUUUGGCCACUGCUAACAGGUUGGACUCUAUUUUUGCAACUCUACCACCUUUUGGAAUCUGCUUUUUGACAUUUUUCCAUCUCAUAUUUGGAGAGACAGUAAAUCUGAGUGUUUACAACAGGCUGGAUUUCCAUGGAGAUGAGGCAGAUGUGACAUGAAUCUCACCGCUGAAAUUUUGAAUAUCAUCACCCCACGGUCUGCUGGGGAGAGAGCUGCAUUUGCCCUUUACCACUGCUUAUGUAUGCAGCUUGAUUCUCCAUAGCCAGUAGCAACUUUGCUUUGGAUGAAAAUGCAUUGUACAAGAAGGAAGCGACUGCAGCUGAGUCGUGUUCUGUUUCUCCUCUCUGGGGUUUUUCUUUGUACCCUAUACCAGCUGACCAUCAGUGCCAGACUGUAUGAGCCUUUGCCAAUGCCUCAGAUUGGAGAUGAAUUUGGCGAAGGUUCAACAGAGGUUGAAGAGGCAACAGUCGACACUCCAGGGCUGGAGGAACCCCUCACUGCAACACACGAACUGGAGCCCACAGACCAAACAACACGAGAAAUGCACUUGGUACAUCAUCCAGAAACCACUACAGGUUUUAAAACUUCCACAACAACUGAGUCUUCACCAUCACCAUCACCAUUACCAUCAUCAUCACCAUCCCCAGCACCAGCACCAACCACAAACCGGACUAUUGUACAUUGCAUCUAUGUGGCCCCAGUACCUCCAAAGGAGACUCCCACACCAGUUCCUCCUCCUGUACCUCCUCCCACUCCAGCUUAUCCAAGUGAAGCCCCACAUGUGAAGGGUGAAUACCCCGAAGAUCUGUUUACUAUUGAAGACCGCAGAAGAGGCUGGGUCAUCCUCCACAUCAUUGGGAUGAUGUACAUGUUUGUAGCACUUGCCAUUGUGUGCGAUGAGUUUUUUGUUCCUGCGUUAGGGGUAAUCACAGACAAGCUGGCCAUCUCUGACGAUGUAGCAGGAGCUACCUUCAUGGCUGCUGGAGGUUCCGCUCCUGAACUGUUCACCUCCUUGAUUGGAGUCUUUAUUGCCCACAGCAAUGUUGGUAUUGGCACCAUUGUAGGGUCAGCAGUAUUCAACAUUUUAUUUGUGAUUGGAAUGUGUGCGAUAUCUUCUCGAGAGGUUCUCCACCUGACCUGGUGGCCACUUUUCAGAGACGUAUCCUUCUACAUAUUUGACCUCAUCCUCCUCAUUAUCUUUUUCUUGGAUAAUGUCAUAAUGUGGUGGGAGAGCGUGAUGUUAGUGGCUGGUUACACUCUCUAUGUGACUUUCAUGAAGUUCAAUGUGCAAAUAGAAAAGAUCUUCAAGGCCCAACUCCAUAAACAUAAGAACAUUGUCAAAGUUAUUGCUGUGGAGGAACCAGAAAAGACAAAUGAAGAUGCUGAAGAUAAUGCCCCUCCUGUUCCAGAGGACAAGAAUCGAUUAAAGCUGAAGCCAGCUCUCCAGCGAGGGGGAAGUUCAGCGUCUUUGCACAACAGUACCAUGAGAAGCACCCUCUUCCAACUUAUGAUCCACACGUUAGACCCUAUAGGAGACGGAAAAUUUAAGGAUAAAGCCGAGUCUCUAAAUAAUGUGGCGAGGCGGAAGGCAGAGAGCAAGAGUCAAGACAAAAGUGAAGAUGGUGGAAGUAAAUCUGAGCCCAGCAAAGAGCCAGAGGCUCCACCACCUGCAGAUACAGAGAAAAAGGAGCAGCCAGAGGACAAGAAGGUACUCCUCACCCAUGUCCUGGUGGUUUUGAAAAAGCCCAGAAGUCAGUCUUUGAUACCUGUCUAUGAUGACGUGCCUGCAGGGGAGGAUGGACCCGGAGGUUCAGGAGAAGAGUCAGACGGUGAUGAGGAGGACAGCGACGAAGACAGCGAUGAUGACAGUGAUGACGACAGUGACGAGUCCAGUGAAGAGGAAGAGGAGGAGCAGCAGCAGCAGCAGGAAAAGGAGAAGGAAGAGGAGGAGGUGGAGGAGGAGGAGGAGGAGAAAGAAGAGCCUCUGUCUUUAGAGUGGCCAGACACAAAACGUAAACAAGCCAGCUACCUCUUCAUGCUGCCCAUAGUCUUCCCUCUGUGGCUGACGGUUCCUGAUGUUCGCAACCAGAAAUCAAAGAAAUUCUUCGUGUUAACCUUCUUGGGCUCUAUUGUGUGGAUCGCUGUCUUCUCCUACCUCAUGGUGUGGUGGGCCCAUCAGGUGGGUGAAACCAUUGGCAUCUCAGAGGAGAUUAUGGGUCUGACGAUCCUGGCUGCAGGGACAUCCAUCCCUGACCUCAUUACCAGUGUGAUCGUGGCGCGUAAAGGCCUGGGGGACAUGGCCGUGUCCAGCUCUGUGGGCAGUAACAUCUUCGACAUCACUGUGGGUCUACCGGUGCCAUGGCUCAUGUUCUCGGCCAUCCACGGUAUGGCUCCGGUGGCUGUCAGCAGCAACGGGCUCUUCUGUGCCAUUGUGCUGCUUUUCCUCAUGCUCCUCUUCGUCAUCAUCUCCAUUGCAUUAUGCAAGUGGAAGAUGAAUAAAAUCCUGGGUUUCACCAUGUUCCUGCUCUACUUUAUCUUCCUGGUGCUUAGUGUGAUGCUGGAGGAUCGCAUCAUCGUCUGCCCUGUUUCCAUCUGAAAGUGUGAACAGAAACUUUCUCUACAGCAGGUGUUUUCUACAUGUAUGACCUGAAGUAAAACUCAUACAUGUACAGAGCUUGUAAGCAUGGGUCUGUUGCUGUAGUUUCUCUGUAUUACUGCUGGUGAUUUCUACCUCUUUUGUCAGUAGCAAUACACACAAACUCAUUAAAUACUCACCCAUAGCAACUAUCGGCAGCUUUACCAAUGUUUUCCAUUAGUCAGGAGGAUACAAAAUGACAGUUUAACCUAGUCUAUUGUAAAAUUAUAGCAGUAAAAUAAUUAGCAAAAAGAGAGGUAUUACUUUUCCUCUUUAAUAUUGAAGAGCAUCCAAAGAAUGCGCUAAAAUAGGAUAUGUUUUUAAAUGGAAAUUUUGUAUAAUAUGUAAGUAUACAUUUGCUGUAAAAUUUUUUAACUAUUAAAAAUAGAGAACUGUCACAACAGUUUUCAUGAAACCAAAGCAUAGAACUCAGAAAAAAAAGAAAUGGGGACAUCUGUAGAA